AUGGAGCCUCCUUGUCGUGAGCAGCGCAGACCUCCAACCGAGCCCUCCUCUUCGAGGGCGAGUGGUGGGGAGGCCAGCCACUCCACGGUGGACCUGCCCGCGCUGAUCGCGUCCUGCAAUCCAUCUGUCGCCAUCUUCGACCUUGACUCCACCCUUUGGAACGGCAACUGCGAGAGUUUUGAUGCUGCGCGUGUUGUGGCGCCUGGCGAGGCGUCCGACACGGCUGGCCGCACGCUGCGCCUCUUCCCAGAGGUCUCCGCGGUUUUCGAGGCGCUUUCGCGCGCCGGUGUUCCAAUCGGGAUCGCGUCGGCCUCGCCCGCCGCGGCCACCGCCACCCGCCUCCUGCAAGGUUUUCGCCUCGAUUACGGGCACGCUGUGGUGCAGCCGGGCAGCAAGAGCACGCACCUGAAGGCGAUCGCGGCGGCGCUCAAGGUCGACCUGCGCCGUGCGCUCUUCUUUGACGACCUGCCUCACAACAUCCGCACCGCCGACGCUGUUGGUGUGGGCGCCGCCGUCCAGGUCGCGCGUAGCUCCGGCGUGACGCUCGACGACGUGAGGCGCGCGCUGCGGCGCUGCCGCGAAAGAGGAAAGCAGCGCGGGCUGAUGGCGAGGCCUGCCGCCGAUUGGUUGGCGGGUCGGCGACGGCUCGAAGCUGCCAGCAGCGGGGGACCGCAGCCGAUGGCAAUGGCCCGCGGAGGCGUCUUCGCCGGCAACGACGAGGUCACCCAGCGCAACCUCAGCACAUCAGAUUUGGUAAGCUUUGCUUCCGAUGCAAUGAAGAGCCUCCAGCCAGCGCUCGGUGUCUUUGGCAGUGGAGGGAUACAGACCCGAGAUGGCGCUGCGUUUGCGAAGCUCAUUGGAAGCGACUUUGAAAGCCAGUUGGCUGCUGAGCAGUACGGCCCUGGAUCAAGAGCUUGGGGCCUGACUGGCUGCAGGGCGGCCGGCCGCUGUGGGGUCUUGAACUCUAGGGACCCCACGGCAAUGUAA